AUGACUAACAUCUAAGUUGUCUCAUAGUAUAGAAUUUAUAAGGAUAGCCUUAUUGGUGAAGGUCAAUAUGGGAAGAUUUAUGCAUGCGAAGAUACAUAAAACCUUAAUUUAAAAUUAUGCGCAAAAAUUAUCGAAGGUUAAGUAGAAGACCCUAAGACUGGUAGAGAAAUGGAACUUAUGUAGAUGAUUAUGGAACAGGGAAGGAAUAAUAAACACAUUGUAGGAGUCCAUCAUGUAGAUAUGAAUAAAUAAAGAAUUAUUUUAAUAUUGGAAAGAUGUGAAUGUGAUUUGCAAACGCAGUUCAAGGAAAGGAGGAAAAACAAUAAAUAUUACACUCCUGUGGAAGCUAUUAAUAUUUUGAAAUAAAUUAUCAAAGGUUAUAAACUACUCUAUGAUAACAAAGUGAUACACAGAGAUAUUAAACCUUAAAACAUUUUAUAUUUGGAUGGUGUAUAUAAAAUUGCUGAUUUUGGAUUAGCCAGAGUUUAUCAAACAAAUGAUGAGCUUACUAAAGCUGGAACACCAAAAUAUGCCUCACCUCAAUUAUUUGAUUAGGGUUCCAAUUUUACAAAUUCUGCAGACAUCUAUUCGCUUGGAAUCGUUUGCUAUGAACUUAUAUUUGGAGGCCUGCCAUACUAAGUAGGCAGUUUACCUUAAUUGAUAAUGAAGCUAAAAUAAUUAGAAUCAGACCCAAUAAAAAUUAAUCUCUCUGCUGCUGGAAUGACUUAAGAAAUAGCUAAUUUGAUAGAGAAUAUGUUAAAGUAUGAUGAAAAUAAAAGAAUCACUUGGAAUAAUUUAUUUUCUCACCCUUUAUUAAAAGACUAACCAUCCUCUUAAGUCACUCAAAUCACUAAAACUUCUCCAACGCCUCAGAUGAUUCAAAUCCCUUAAUUCUAAAUCAAGCCUCCAUAGUUUGUGUAAAGUGCUAAUCCACAAAAAAUAGAUAAACUUCCAUAGUCUCCCUCUCUACCCUGCUUCUAAUCAACCCUAGAAAUAUCAGAUCAACUUUAUUAAAUAGCUACCUUUAUGCAUUUUGUUUUAGAUUCUCUAGAUAAGCAUUUGAAUCAAUAAAGAUAAAUACAUGCCGAUGUAAUCAAAAUAAAGUAACAAUUAUACUACCUUUCAUCUUGCUUUUAUUAGCAUAGCAAAGCAAUAAAACAUAAAUCCUAACAUAAAUCUAACACCAAUCAUUCUUUAGCAGAUGUUGAAAGAGCAAUAAUAUAGCUUGAGACAGCUAAAUAAUUACUUGUAGAUUAAACAAUCAACUAUGGUUUAUCGAAAGAUUUUCCAUUUAGAGAAACUUUGGCUGAUUUUACAGGCUAUUUCGUAUAAUUGAGCAAUUUAUUAGCAAUCUAAUUCCUAUUUCCAUACACGAAUAAAUUUAGUUACUAUUUAGAAUAUUUGCAGUAAAUUAUAAAGAUUUAUUUAUAAAGGUUACUCUUUUGUUUGACAAAAUUAAAAGAAUUAAAAGAAGGAAAAGAUACAACAAUAAUUCAUAAAUAUAUUGUUGAUAUUUAGAUCUAAUUACAAAAUGAAAUUGUUAUUAAACAAACCUUGAAUUCUAAAAUUAAUAAUUGA